CUUGAGCAAGAGAGAAGAAAAUUGUUCGCCACGCCAGGCAGAUUUUACCCCUGAGUCCCUAACCCAGGUGCCCCAUAUGCCAGUAUCGAUAGAGAAUAGUAGGGAAUGACAUUGCUGAAUUCAAAGAAACUCUAAAACAGAAGACGCUAGAUCGCAAUCUAACCUUGCGAUAUUACAAUACUCGCGGUGAGCUUCCACAGCUCAGAUAGGCUAUGGUCACGUGUCUCAAUCUUCCCCUCCUCUCGCAACAGACGAUGAAAAAGGGGAAGGGGAAAGAAGAGAAGAUCGAGUAUACAUUCCUUCCACAAAUUUUGCGUUCCGUCAAAUCUAAGAAGCUAUUUUUAAGGGAGCUUCCCAGUGUCGACAUGGCCCUUAGAUUUCGCUGCCCUCGACUAACAAUCGUCGAUACUCGCUCCUACCGCCAUGGUAGAUCUUGGUGCGUCUGCAAAACCAACCUAAACCAUCCCAAUGGAUCUUGGGACAGACUUUUUCAUUCUUCCCGUGUCCAAAAGUGUAUAGUUUCUGGGUUGUUGUCAGCUCUUAUUAGCUUGCGAUCUCGACUCGUCCCGCGUUGGCCCGACUCCCGAGGUUGGAGGUUUCCCGAUAGUAACGUUUCGCAUCCGAACUUUAAGGAGAAAAGGUUCAUCCUUCCCACAAACAACUGCCGUGAAGUAUCCACGAUGUGCAUUCGAGCCAUGGAUUCGACACGCGGGUGGAUGCAUCCGGCAUGUCUCUAGACAAUCUUCUUCGAAGACACGGCAAGUGAGGUCUGGACAACUGCCGAAAAUACUCCGCUCACUGCAGUCUCGUGAUUUA